AUGAAAUCACUAUCCUUUAAAACAUCAGAAACCAAGUCUUCUGGAUCAAGAAAUCAGAAAAGGAUAGAAAACGAUGGCAACUUACAGUGUGGACAGUAUCUUCGGGUUUGCAUGGAACAACCACACAUUCAGUACCAAUUUGAACUUGGAGACGCAUCUUUUCGCUGCCAGUCGUCGACGACUGUUCAAUCAAGAAUGAGUCUGACUACAAUUGGAAUCUUGAGGUCCAACUCUCUGGCAGCUUUAAUGAUUCCCUGGGCAAUCACAUCACAACGCAUGAUUCCUCCGAAGAUGUUCACCAGAAUGGCCGACACCUUGUCCUUGUCAGCGGUGAUGAUCUUGAAAGCCUCAGUGACUUGCUCAACAGUGGCACCACCUCCAACGUCGAGGAAGUUGGCUGGCUCUCCUCCGUGCAACUUGAUUAUGUCCAUGGUAGCCAUGGCGAGUCCGGCACCGUUGACCAUGCAUCCGAUGGUUCCAUCGAGACGAAUGUAG